AGGAGAUGACCAGAGACUGCGGACAGUAUAGGGGAUGACCAAGAGACUGCGGACGUACUACAAGAAAUGACCAGAGACUGCGGACACAGUACAGGGGAUGACCAAGAGACUGCGGACACAGUACAGGGGAUGGCCAGAGACUGCGGACAGUAUAGGAGAUGACCAGAGACUGCGGACAUAGUACAGGGGAUAGCCAGAGACUGCGGACACAGUACAGGGGAUGGCCAGAGACUGUGGACACAGUACAGGGGAUGGCCAGAGACUGCGGACACAGUACAGGGGAUGGCCAGAGACUGCGGACACAGUACAGGGGAUGGCCAGAGACUGCGGACACAGUACAGGAGAUGACCAGAGACUGCGGACACAGUACAGGGGACGACCAGAGAUUGCGGACACAGUACAGGGGAUGACCAGAGACUGCGGACAUACUACAUCAUAUAAAAAGGCAGGGGGCACACUGAGCUCCGAGGACAGGCCACACCAGCAGACAGGACCGGACUGCAGAGCAGGGAGCGCACUAUGGACACAUGCCAGGAAAGGGGAGGAGCUGUAAGGACAAGCCACACCUGCGGACCGGACUGCAGAGCACAGAGAGCAGUACACAGACAUGCCAGGAGCGGGGAGGAGUCCGAGGACAGGCCACGCCUGCAGGGCAGA